CUCGCUUCACCGUUCAGUAGCCGCUUCAGGCUGGGCGGAUGUCUCUUCUCCUCAGUGUUGGACUCAGAGACACACAGCUCCCGAGUUCUGCUGAUCACGAAGUCCUUGAAGGCGCUCAACGCACCGGAAUCUCCCAGCGGCCGCGACCGCCUUCUCGGCCCUGCUCGCCGCGGCGCCGGAACUCAGCGUGAUCUGCGGAGGCCGUCCAGAAGGUUCACAAAAAUGGCGAAGAGAGUUGCAGAGAAGGAAUUGACAGAUAGGAACUGGGAUGAAGAAGACGAAGUUGAAGAGAUGGGAACGUUCUCAGUGGCCAGUGAGGAAGUCAUGAAGAACAGAGCCGUAAAGAAGGCAAAGCGUAGAAACGUUGGGUUUGAAUCUGAUAGCGGUGGAGCCUUUAAAGGUUUCAAAGGUUUGGUUGUGCCUUCUGGAGGAGGAGGGUUUUCUGGAUUUGGUGGUGGCUCUGGAGGGAAGCCUCUGGAAGGACUGACGAACGGAAACAGCACAGACAAUGCCACGCCCUUCUCCAGUGCAAAGACAGCAGUGGAGCCUAAAGCAGCCUUUGGUUCUUUUGCUGUGAAUGGCCCUACUACCUUGGAUAAAAAGAUUUCAAGUCCCAAAUGCAGUAGCAGCAGUCAGCCACUCUCCUCUGGCCCUGCCUCCAAUACCGCCUGCACUGGGAAUGCCUACCACAAGCAGUUGGCCGGCUUGAACUGCUCUGUCCGGGACUGGAUAGUCAAGCAUGUAAACACAAACCCGCUUUGUGACCUGACGCCCAUUUUUAAAGACUACGAGAGAUACUUGGCAACCAUCGAGAAGCAGCUUGAGAACGGAGGCAGCAGCAGCUCUGAGAGCCAGGCAGACAGGGCGACAGUUGGGACGGAGCCGCCUUCCCUUUUUGGUUCAACAAAACUACAGCAGGAUUCACCAUUUUCAUUUCAUGGCAACAAAGCAGAGGACACAUCUGAAAAGGUAGAGUCUACAGCAGAAAAGAAAUCAGACGCAGCACAAGGAGCAACAAGUGCCUCAUUUAAUUUCGGCAAGAAAAUUGAGAGCUCAGUUUUGGGCUCGUUAAGCUCUGGCUCCCUAACUGGGUUUUCAUUCUCUCCUGGAAACUCGAGUUUAUUCAGUAAAGAUGCUGCCCAGAGUAAAGCAGCCUCUUCACCAUUUUCUGCUAAAGCAUCAGAGAGUCAAGCAGGAAGCGGCAGCAGUGAAUGCAGAGAUGGUGAGGAAGAAGAGAAUGACGAGCCACCCAAGGUGGUGGUGACUGAAGUGAAGGAAGAGGAUGCUUUCUACUCCAAAAAAUGUAAACUAUUUUACAAGAAAGACAAUGAGUUUAAAGAGAAGGGUGUGGGAACCCUACAUUUAAAACCUACAGCAACUCAGAAGACCCAGCUCUUGGUGCGGGCAGACACCAACCUAGGCAACAUACUGCUGAAUGUUCUGAUUCCACCCAAUAUGCCGUGCACCCGAACAGGGAAAAACAAUGUCCUUAUCGUCUGUGUCCCCAACCCCCCACUUGAUGAGAAGCAGCCCACUCUCCCGGUCACCAUGCUGAUUCGGGUGAAGACGAGCGAGGAUGCCGACGAGUUGCACAAGAUUUUACUUCAGAAAAAGGAUGCCUGAGCACGAGGCUGACCAGGCAUGUUGCCACGAUGCUGCUUCCCUCUGCCCCUAAACUUAGUCACAUUCUUUCCUCUUCUACUGUGACAUUCUCAGAACUUCUAGGUAACUUGAACUUUGUGAGGAAGAUUAAGGCCAAUAAAUCCUUUCAGUGUGUUGAAGCUCUUCUCCCUUCCUAAGAACUAAGCAAAAUACGUUAGAGUGAAAAGUUUGGGAAGAUUUUUUCAUGUUGAUUCAUUGAGUAAACUAAACCUAAGUGAUUCUUAAUGGACUGUAAUCAGGGUACCAGUUAGCUCUCCAAAGGCUCCCUCAGGUGGCUGUGGGUGCCACUCUCUGCCUGCCCCAGAAGACCCGAUGGCAGUGUCCACAGUGUUCAGAAGACACCUGCCUGCUCCCCUCCUGUGGGCUUGUCUGAUCCGUGACUAGCACUCCUGCCAAAUAGCACACCGCCACACUGUGACUGCGCUUGCCCUGUUUCCUUCUGAGCUGAACUGUGGGUACUGGGAAUCGGUUUGUUAUCAGCCUGUUUUUUGGCAGGUGCUGGCCUUUGACCUGGAGCUGCUUGACUGAACCAGGAACUGCCUUUCCCCAGGAAAGGACCUGAGUAGUGGCUUGUGGGGAGCUGCUGGUGUACAGAUAGACUGGGUUUUGUAGUUUAUUCAUGAGGUGCUCUUACUUGCUUACCUCCCUAGUUAACAUGGACGGGGGCUGUCAGGAAUAAUGGACAAAAAGCACAAGUUUGGUAGUGUUUUUAUAUCAUUUCUAUACCACAAACAAGCCUUUAUUUUAAAAGAAAAAGGUGAAAUCGUGCUGAAAAGCGUUGUGUGCUCAUGGCCAUUUGUGCCCUGGUGAGCCCUGGUGGGCACAGUCUGAAUGGAGUCCUCUCAGGAGCCAUGUGCUCAUGAGAAGCUAGAGUAUGGGAGUGGAAGACUGCUCAUUUGGGCUGUAGCUUCAGACAGAAGCAUGUGAUUUGGUGUCUGAAAAACCCAUUUUUAUUCUUACUUUUUUAAGGAUGAGGUAUUAUUGAGUAUGUCCAUUUGGAAGAGAGCCAUGGUUCUACACGACGUUCAUGUCACUUCAGAGCGGUGAGGUUACUAAUACUAGCAUGCUCUGAGGACCAGACAUCAGUUAAAUGCAAGAUUUGAUGCCAAGCUGAUCAUGGCUCAUGCCUUAUCCCAGUGCUCGAAAAGCUGAGGCAGGAAGAUGAUGCGAGUUCACAGCAGCCUGAGCUACACAGUAAGACCUCCCCCCAUAAAAUAAAAUAAAAAGUCUGACUGUCUAAAGUUCCACUUUCAUUUCUCAUAAAACCAUUUAACACUAGGACCAGAUCUUGUCUGAAGGCCCAGGGUCAGUACCCGGGGCGCACACUUGUGUGGUCAGAUAGUAGCACGCGUGCCCUGACCUGGGCAAACAGUCACAAAAACUGGAUGGUACUGUCGCUUUCUUAAAACUUCAAUGCCCGGGUGGGAUGAAACCUAGUUAACUUUUAUUUUCACACGGGUCUUAAUCUCACUAUGUAACCCUGGCUAGCCUUGAACUCAGAUCCACCUGCCUCUGCCUCCUGAGCCCAGAGCUGCUUCCUGAGGUGGGUGACAGCACUCAGAGCUGAGCAUUUGCUGUGUAUCUGAAGAUGGGAGUUUGUGCUUCUUGGGCUGUGGACCUAAGGAGGUACUGGGUGUUGACUUGCCUUUUAGCAUGGAAAAUCGGUUCCUAGCAAGCAAGUCGCUGCUUCUGCUAUCACUGGCCCUGGCCUGUUGACAGUGGGUUUGCCCAGCAUUCCAAAGAUGAAAUGAGGGGUUUGCAUUUCAGAACAGUACUGUGUAGCCACGUGCCUGUGGGGCUGGCAAGUCUCAGACUCACAAGUACUUUGAGGAAAUUGUCUCUUCGUGGUGGCAGUGCUCUGUGAGCAUCUGCCCAUGCCUUGAAUAUUUACCAAAAGAAUAAAAGCAAAAAAGGUCGUGACUGGAGUGCCUUCUAAAGCUCCCCAGCCGAUUUUCCUUGUAAAUUAGUGUGGCUUUUUUUUUUCUAACAUUCCCAGCAAAGUUUGCUGCUAAAGACUAUCACUUUUGGAAAUGAGAAUUACAGGGGAGAUACAUGGUGUGACUGUAACUCAGUGUGUCUUGUCUUUAUGCUUUAGGAGCUAGCUCAGUGCAUCUGACCUGAGUAUGGGAGUCACUAUGAAGUCUGCGUGUCACAGGGAGGCCCCUGGAGGGUACUCUGUUCUUCCUCUACUGUGUGUGUAGCUGGUUCCAACCAUGGCUUAAACUUCAUUUAUGUUUUAACAUGUUAGAAACUUGCCUGUUGUGUGUUUAAUGUGAACUGAGGUGUUUCAGAAUCUAAAGUUGUGUCUUGUAUUUGCCUGAGGGAAGUGUGUGUUCUCUGUGGUCAGGGUGCAUCGACCAGAUGCUAAGCCUGGGCCUUCCCACACUGUAUCUCACACUUCACACAUUCCCAGCCCUGCCCUGUCCUCCUCAGAGAGCCACACUGUACAGGCUGUGGCUGUCAGUGACAGGUCAGACUGUUUGUGGGCUGAUUUUUCUGUUUUACCAUUUCAGUUCUAAAUCCUAUUUUUUACAUGCUGUGUGCCAAAAAAAAUAAUACCUCCUAUGGCAUAGAGGGGAAAUUCCACCUUACGGUCAGGGAAAGCCCUUCCCCUACCUUUUAAAGAAGUCUGUUCUUGCCAGUUUGUUCAUUAUGUAACUAUUUCUGAAGAUGAGAAACAGCCCUUGAGGCUGCAGAGUACCCACUUACACCACUGAAGUGGGAUUUUAAGGAAAUGACCUGUUCUGUCACUUGUAGGUGAGGUUGGGAGUUCUUCACAGCAUCUUUCUAGCCCCGUGCUCUGUACAUGGCCACGGAGUGCUCUCCAGAAGCAAUCACGAGACUGAGGACUAUCUUUUAACACAGAUUUGUAAAGGGGAUGUAAGACUUCUUAGCAUCAUAUGGAAUAAUCUGCUAUAUACUUUGAACAGGAACUUGUUUUCUAAAGCUACAAUACUUGAAUUGUAAGGCAGUAUAACCUCAGUGUGUGUUAGCUUUUGAAUGAGCCUUUAAGGAAGUGUAACAAUCCAUGAAAUGUGAAUAAAUGGAAAGCUUAAAAAAAAACA